AACCAAAAUUUUUCGGAGCAUACUAGUGUGAGUGAAAUGCUCGACCACAUACCCCAAUCAAUCAAAUCCCAACUGUUUUUCUCAAACUCCUUCCUUUUACUUGUAACUAGCCUUCUUAAGCUCCAAAUUGAUGGCAGGAAUGGCUUCCUCCUGCUUCGGAUCCUUCCCCGCAGCCGCAUCCAACAAGAUUUCCUCUUCUUCUUCUUCUCCGGCGGCUUUCAAGCCACUCAAGCUUCCACUCUUUUGGCCGUGGCAGAAGGUGAAGAUGGGCCCUCUGAGUGUAUCCCCUAUGGGAUUUGGAACCUGGGCGUGGGGGAACCAGCUCCUGUGGGGCUACCAGGAAUCCAUGGACUCUGAGCUUCAACAGAUUUUCAAUUUGGCUGUGGAGAAUGGAAUCAAUCUCUUCGACACCGCAGAUUCCUAUGGUACUGGAAGAUUAAAUGGCCAAAGCGAAAAGCUACUUGGAAAAUUUAUCCGACAAUCUCAAGUGAAAAAUGACGUUGUGAUAGCCACCAAGUUUGCAGCGUAUCCAUGGCGUCUAACACCUGCUCAGUUUGUCAAAGCUUGCCAGGGAUCUUUGGAUCGAAUGCAGAUUGAGAAAAUUGGUAUAGGACAAUUACAUUGGUCAACAGCAAACUAUGCUCCUUUACAGGAGAUGGCUCUUUGGGAUGGACUAGUGGCAAUGUAUGAUAAGGGAUUAGUUCAAGCAGUUGGAGUAAGCAACUAUGGACCAAAGCAACUGGUAAAGAUAUAUGACUAUCUUAAAGACCGAGGAGUUCCUUUAUGCUCUGCUCAGGUGCAAUUUUCUUUACUAAGCAUAGGGGAUGAUCAGUUGGAGAUAAAGAAGAUAUGUGAUUCAUUGGGCAUCCGCUUGAUCGCUUACAGUCCUUUGGGAUUGGGUAUGCUUACAGGAAAAUACUCACCUUCCAAGCUUCCAUCUGGACCUCGAGGUCUGCUAUUCAGGCAAAUUCUACCAGGAUUGGAACCUCUACUGACUACACUUGGAGACAUUGCAGACAAAAGGCACAAAACAAUACCACAAGUUGCCCUUAACUGGUGCAUGUCCAAAGGGACCACACCCAUACCUGGAGCUAAGACAUUAAAACAAGCUCAAGAAAAUUUGGGUGCUCUAGGCUGGAACCUUACCCAAGAGGAAUUGAACCAGUUGGACGAUGGAGCUCGAGAGUCCCCCAGGAAGAUGAUACAGAAUAUUUUCCAGACCAGGUAAACUUGGAUGCACCAAGAGGCGCCCUAGGAGAAGCUGGUGAACACGGCUCACAAAGGGAUGUAGUUGAAUGAAAAUUGGAUAUUGAUAUGUAAAAAUAAUGAACAUAUUACAUCAAUAAAAUAGAUUAAAAAA